AUGCACCCUCGGCCGCGACACUGGCGCCUGCUGGACUAUGUCUUCGUUCGAAGGCGAGACCAGCAGGACAUGUUUGUGAAAAAAGGGGAGCCCGGGUGUCGACUGGUGGACCGACCAUCGCCUCGCCAUCUCCAAGAUGAGGAUUCGCCUACAGCCUGGCAGAGGACCUCCAGGUAAGCUGUUAUUUUUUUGCUGUCUCUGCCUGCUCACCAUCUUCAUUUCAGUAAUGAACCAACUCAAAAGCUGGCCAAUCUUCCAGUUGCCGCCGUGGACGAAACACCUCCGUGGAGAACCGCUGGUGUCAACUGAGGGAAACGGUCCAGUUAAUCUCCAUGGCUGUCCUCCGUCGCGCAUGUCCCCAUCAUCAGGACUGGUUCGACGACAAUGACGCUGCCAUCGGCAACCUACUCCCUAAAAAGAACCAUCUGCACAAAGUCCAUGUCAACUGCCCUACUGACGACAGCAAAACAGUCUUCUACCGUGGUCGACGCCUUGUGCAGCAGCGGCUGCGGUAUAUGCAUAAUGCGAGCGCGGCUCGUAAAAACAGAGGAUCUCCAAGAUCUUGCAGACCCCAACGAGUGGAUGAACUUCUUCGUUGCGAUCAAGACUAUCCACGGUCCCACAGCCAAUGGAACCACUCCUCUUCUCAGCGCCGGCGGAACUACUCCACAUACAUAGAUUCCUCAGCGAUGGGCAGAGCACUCAAGAGGCGCCCUCAACUGCCCCGCCACCAUCUUCUAUCUCGCCAUCGCCCGUCUGCUCCAGGCGGAGACCGAUACUGAUCUUGACCUGCCACCCUCUCUUCACCAGACCAUCAGGGUCGUGCUACAACUCUCCGGGGGUAACGCGCCCUGAUCGCACGCGAUUCCUGCCGAGAUCUACAAGCAUGACGGCCCCCAACUCAUGGAACUCUGACAACGCUUUCGCAGAUUUGGCGUCAAGGACAAGCUUCUCAGGAUUUCCAGGACGCCACAAUCGUCUAUCUCUAAAAGCGGAAAAGGAAUCGCCAAGUCUGGGACAACCAUAGAGGCAUCUCCCUCCUCAGCAUCGCCAUUAAGAUAUUCGCUCGCAUUCCCCUUAACCGUCUCAGCAGCUAUCUGGAAGGACUCCUGCCGGAAAGUCAAUGCUGCUUCCGCCGCCAUCAAGAUAUCAUCAAAAGGAUCUUCGCCGCCCGCCAACUACAGGAGUGUCAGGAGAUUCGUAUCUAUCUCUACUCUACCUUCUUGGAUCCGGCGAAAGCCUUUGAUACGGUGGAUAACGAAGGGCUGUGGAAAGUCAUGCAGAAAUUCGACUGUCUCGAGCGACUCACUCAGAUAGUACGUCAGCUCUAUAAUGGCAUGAUGGCGCGAGUCACGGACAAUGGAGCCGUCUCAAGGGCAUUUGCAAUGACCAAAGAAGUGAAGCAGGGCUGCGUCCUCGCACCUACCCUCCUCAGUCUCAUGCUCACUGCCAUUCUUAUUGACGCCCAGGGAUCCGCGUCACCUACAGGACGGACGGCCAACUCCUCAAUCAGCGGCGGAUGCCCUUCCAGUCGCGGGUAUCUGCAAAUUCCGUCCAUGAACGUCUCAUCGCCACCUGCGGUCUCAACGCCGCCUCAGAAGGAGACAUGCAAGGGUUCAACUGCAGGCCGUGGUUAACUUCACCUACCUGGGCACUACGCCCUCUCGCAACACCAAAAUCGACAUUGAAAACGCCAGCCGGAUUUCCAAGGCCAGCCACGUGUUCGGUCGCCCGCAGGACACCAUCUGGGAUCGUCACGGUCUCCAUUGCAGCAUCAAACUCAAUAUGUACAACGCAGUCAUCCUGCCGGCGGCGCUGAAUGGAUCAGAGGCCUGGACGGCAAAGAAGCAGGCGCGGAGACUCAAACACUUCAACCUCAGCUGUCCUCGGCGGAUAUUAAAACUGACGAGGUAGGGUCGGAUCCCCGACACGGUCGUACUGGAACGGACAGGGAUCCUCAGCAUCCAACCCAUGCUGAGACAAUCCCAACUGCGCUGAUCGGCCGCCUCGUGCGGACGAACGAGCGGUCACCCAAACAACGCUUCCGUGGAGAUGUCGCCACGGGUUCCACCGACAAGGAGGUCAAGUCCGUCGCCACAAGGACACUCCGAAGACUUCCUUGACGCGCCUGCAGAUCAAGCCGGCCAACUGAGAAGACCUAGCCGGAACCGAUCGGCCUGGAGAAGACCAGUGAAGACAGGUGCAGCAACCGACGAAGCCAACCGCAUCAGCGUCACCAUAUCCAAACGUGAAUUUCGCGAAUCGAAACUCCCUCCAUCUCACAAAACCAACGCUGAAACGCCCCGACUAGCCCACGUUGUCAGCGGACGUUGCAGGCACAAAUCGGUCUUACUGGACAUCCUCAAAACAACUGCAGCUCCCGAAAGCCACUCAAUAUUCCCCCAUCCAUCUCUGCUGCGUCCCUCACGCCAACAAUCAACACUUAUCGCACUCAUGAACCCCCACGGCCACCCCACACCGUCACCCCAACAUCUGCUGCGGCGGCCCCUGUCCCCACCACCACUGCACACAAUCCUGACGCACCGUCAAACAUUAACCUCACCACCGCCAACACCAGUGAUGUGCACUCGGUCCAAACCUGUCCUUAUUGUGAUCGCACCUUCACCCCACACACCGGCCUGGUCGGUCACUUGCGAAUCUACCGCACAGACUGGCGAACAAUUGCCUGGAAUAUCAAAUUACACUCGUCGCAGGCACCUUCACUGUCCACACUGUCCCUAUGCGCUCACUCGUCGCACGGGCCUGAUAGGACACAUGCGCGUCGACGAAAACCUGAGGCAGACAACCGCCGGCUACACCAAACUAUCGCAUCUUCCCCUACCGACACCCCGCACCACACAACAUCCCAACGCAUCAUAAGCACUCAGUUGGCACCUCCCGCGCAAGUGGGAAGUGUGCUCCUCGGCUCCUUCUCCAUGCGGCCCCUCUGUUGCAUGUGUAAUCCGAGUCUGAGACCAAGCGCGGUGGCUUGGAAGGCUGCCGUCUGA